AAUCUCAUGAUCCAUAUUAGAAAAUUUCUGAAAACAAAUCAAAAUUAUAGAAAUGUUUCUCCCCUAAAUCGACUACAUACCGAGUCCCUCACAGUCCAUUUCAUUAAGUAGUAAGAUCAACCAACAUGAAUAAUAUAUACAUUGAUAGAUUUCAUUCAAAAAAAGUGAAACUGAAACCUCAACUAAUCAUAAUUUCAUAUAAAGAGGUAAGCCUGCAUUGUAUUUUAGCUGAGUCUUGUUUUUCUGAGACUUACAAUUGCGUCGAAGAUGACUAACCAUAGAGAGAUUGCUAAAAGGUUCAGUUGGUAUGAGCAGAAGCUUGGAUAUUGGAUAAUUUUAGGAUACUUCAUCUUGGCAUUAAGCUCCUUCACUAUUCUUAAGCCUUAUUUGGAUCCUGCUCUACCAAUUUCGAAUUUGCGGUUUUCAAUGGGCUCUGGCCUCACUAAACUAAUUGAGGACACAAGUCAUUUUCAGAAAUUAAAUCUAAGCAGUUCUCAGCCAUCAGGUGGAAAGGGAAUUUUGAAUCAGGGGAGAAAGCCAAUGUGCAAUUUUUCAGACCGAAUAUUCGACUUCUGUGAUGUUGAGGGAGAUGUAAGGAUUCAUGGUAAAUCCUAUACCAUCUUUGCUGCUUCAUCUCAAAGGAGUGCUUUGGAAGGAAAUGAAUCAUGGUUCAUUAAACCUUAUCCUAGAAAGUCAGAUCAAGCUGCAAUGAGGUUUGUUAAGGGAUUCUCAGUAAAAGCCAUUGUGGGUGAUCAUGAAGAAACCCCAUCUUGUACUGUAAAUCACAAUGUUCCAGCCAUUGUCUUCUCAGCUGGAGGAUACUCAGGAAACCACUUCCACUCUUUUAGCGACAUAAUCGUUCCUCUCUUUGCAACUGCAGCCCAAUUCCAUGGUGAAGUUCAGUUUCUUGUCACCAACUUAGCAAAUUAUUGGAAAAUCAAGUUCCAAGCAAUAUUAGAACAACUUUCUAAGUAUGAGAUCAUCAACAUUGAUCAUACUGAUGAUAAGGUUCAUUGCUUCCCUCGUAUGAUUGUCGGUCUCAAGUAUUACAAGGAGUUGAGAGUUGAUCCCUUAACAUCUUCAAAUGGGUACUCCAUAAAAAUGUUCAGGCAGCUCAUAACAAAUGCCUAUUCACUGAAGAAAUCGACUACAAUAAAGAUCGGUCCUCAAACACAAGAGAAGCCUAGGCUUCUGAUCAUAGCGCGAAAACGGUCUCGAUCAUUUAUGAAUGUUGAUGAGAUAGCUGAAAUGGCUAAAAGCUUGGGGUUUGAAGUGGUUGUCUCUGAGGGUAUGAAAAAUUUGUAUGAAUUCUCUCAUGUUGUGAACUCUUGUGAUGUGAUGUUAGGGGUUCAUGGAGCAGGGCUUACAAACCUUGUUUUCCUUCCUACCAAUGCAAUACUAAUACAGGUACUUCCUUGGGGUGGAUUUGAAUGGUUAGCUUCUAAUUCUUUUGGGAAGGCUGCCUUGGAGAUGGACUUAAGGUACAUGGAAUAUAAGGUCAAGGUAGAGGAGAGCUCUCUACUACAAGAGUACCCUCUUGAUCAUCCGGUCAUUAAGGAUCCUCGUUCAGUACAUAAGCAUAAUUUUGUACUAUUUAAAGCUGUAUACUUGAAUAAACAAAAUGUAAAGAUUGAUGUGGGUAGGUUUAGAGCUACCUUAUUAGAAGCACUUGACCUUCUUCAUUUCUAGAGUUUUUAAGUGUAUUUAAGUUGCAGACUUCAAGUCUUCUUGAAUUUGAAUUUGAAAUUGGUCUAGAGAAUAAAAAGUUUAAA